UCACACAGCAGGUGGAGAAAUCGCGAGAGGACACAGAUGAUGCUCAGUCCUCUAAAAGCAGGAAUAAUAAUAAUAAACACAGAACAUCUGAUGAACAGACGCCCUUCAGGUUUCAAACUCAUUCCUGCUGUAUAAUAGGAAGACAGUCGGCGAAUGUGAUGAAGCAGACUCUCAGCAUCCUCCUCCUCCUCAGCCAGAAGUGACUGUGGAGGACCCACGGCCGACAGGGAGGGGUCCUUUCAUUCCAUGGAGCCCGGCUAUGUGCAGGCAGCGAUGGCUAUGGGAGAAGUGUCGAAGAGAGCGUCGGCUCGAAACGUAGCAGUGGAGAGGAAAAACCUCCUCACUGUCUGCAGGUUUUCCAUUAAGACGCUGUUAGAGAAAUACACAGCCGAGCCCAUCGAUGAUUCAUCUGAAGAGUUCAUUAAUUUUGCAGCAGUCCUUGAACACAUCCUUAGUCACCGUUUUAAAGGCUCUAGUAGCUGGUUUGAUGGUCAGAGGAGUUAUUGGGACUAUAUCCGCUUGGCAUGUGCUAAAGUCCCCAACAGCUGCAUCAGCAGCAUUGAGAGCAUGGAAAACAUCAACACAUCUCGAGCAAAGGGUCGAGCCUGGAUGAGAGUUGCCCUCAUGGAGAAGAGGUUGUCUGAGUACAUCGCUACUGCUUUACGCGACAGCAGGACAACCAGGAGGUUCUAUUCAGAAGGAGCCAUAAUGCUAAGAGAAGAGUCCACAGUGCUAACUGGGAUGCUCAUAGGUCUGGGAGCCAUAGAUUUUAGUUUCUGCCUCAAAGGAGAGUCCCUGGAUGGGAAAUCUCCAGCAGUGAUUGACUACACUCCAUAUUUGAAAUUUACACAAAGCUAUGAACACUUGAGUGAUGAUGACGAUGAUGAUCGACGGAGUGUUGACAGCAGCACCAGUGAUGACAGUGUCCCUGAACACCCUUACGUCCCCCUGGUUACUGAUGAUGAGAGCUGGACCACAAAGUGCCGCAAAAUGGAGCAGAGGUUCAAGAUCGUCAACGCCCAGAAGGGGUACCUGGAGGAGCUUGUGCGCUUGCGUGAGUCCCAGUUGAAGAAUACAGAGACAGAGAACAAAAAGCUGAAGGCCCAGCUGGAGGAAGCAAAGAGCCAGAGCCAACAGGAAAAAAAUGAUCUGGAGGCUGUUAUCCUGGAGCUUCAGGAACAAAUGACAAGCUUGAUUCCAUGUGAUUCAAACCACCUGGCCAAAGACCUGUCGAUCCCCCUCAUCAACCAGUGGCCGACCCUCGAGCCGUACAACAUCCAAGACGACAUUAAGCUGUUCCGCAGGAGGAGUUUCCCGAGCACAGAGCUACUGUCAGUGGAGGUCAGCCUGGAUUCGGACUACCAAAGGAUCGAGGGCAAACAGAAUGGAGGAGCCUGGUGCACAGCAAAGGACUACACCCCCUCCAUGAUGGGCCUGUGUGGGUCUUUGGCUUCUCUUCCAAGCUCGAAAUCUCUGGCUAGUCUCAAAUCAAGUGAGUGCCUGGUCAACAUCAGCACCGAGAACAGCCCUGCUCUCUCUCCCAGCUAGGGGGCGCCAACGACUCACUGUAAAAGCAGACAAUUUGACUUUAAAACAAAGUGACUGUUCCCAACUGAUGUGUAUUUUCAUGAGAUCCUUUAACUUUACACUCUGAGCCUGUCUCUCUCUUGAAUUGAACUCAUGUGACGGAGGACCCUGCCUGUCCUGGACUUUCCUAUAUUGAUGCAGAAACAGCUGCUGUACUGCAUCUGUCUUCAGCUCCUCUGUAUUUGAGAGCUGGUUUACGCUUCACCUCUCUUACAUCACAACGCUACAUUCUGUGCAGAUAAAGUCCCACAUCACCAUCAGUCAUCACCGCACAAUCCUUGUGUUUGUGUCCAGUGAGUCUGUGUCUUUACCAGUCUGUCUGUGCGUUCUCUCUGUUGCCUAACACAGGCUGACUGGCUCAGCUUUUGUAACAUUUUAGGAUAUAUAAGCAGCAUUUUACCAUAGUAAGGUACACUAUCAUAAGAGAUUAGAGCAAGGUUAGGCUUUUUUAUAAUGUGCCAAGUGGUGUAUGGUGAAGAUUAUUUAAAAUUUAACAGAGAAGGUGCAUAAUAUUCUGGAAAUGACAGUUUAGGCCAUGUUCAGUCAGUCUCCAGGUUAGAUGCUGAUUUUAGGAGGUGAUGGGACACUUGAGGCUGCCUCAGUAUCACCACUUUGUAAGGACAGACAUAAAACCUAUCGCAUACAAAGGCAAAGAGCUUUGGGACUAUGAAGGUUGAAUGUUUUCAUUGUGUUAUUCUAGCCACUUGGUAAAAUGGUUUGAGUAGAUGAGAACUAGUGAAUCUGUCACAUCUCUGUCUAUAUGUGUGUCUUUGUUUUCCUCGUAGUUGUCUUUGUUUAAUUUCCAGACUAGUUUCAUGAUGUACGGCGCCCUCCAUUCUGAUUGGCAAGCCCUGGUAAAGACGUUUAAAAUAAGGUCAAAAUAAAUUUGUCUUUCACUGCAGUAGCAUCAUCCAUAA